UAAUGCACGCUGUUUCUAUUCCGGCGGCGAAACUCGGCGGACAUAAACACAAUGACGAGUGACAACACGGGUUCCUAUGAGUUUCAGUUUUGUGUUUCAUUUUAGAUUAGCACCGAUAUUUGAUUGCUGAUUCUAAAAUGGCAGGGUUAGAGCUCUUAUACAGCACUGUCGUCAGUAACAUCACCUGCCCACAGGAUGUUGUUGUUUGUUUCGUUCAUUGGGAAAUUGUACGAAGCGGGCACAAAUGUCUUGGAUCUGGAGAUCAGCCUCAGCAAAAUGAUAAAAAGUCGGAGUUACUCCCUCCCGGUUGGAACGACAGCAAGGAGUUAUAUACAUUGCGCUACCAGUCCAAGAAUGACAAGUCCCAUUUGCUUCUCAAAGCCAUCACUGCGGACUCCACCUUGAUUUUCUACAUAAUGGAAUCGGCCACUGAGCGAGUUUCAGAUUUAACCGUCAACGUGAGUGACUAUGUCGACGCAGACAAUCUGCAGGAAUUUGACAGAGUGUUCAAGAACACAGAGGAACUGGCAAAAAAGGUUCAGUCAGGGCUUCUUCUGCCAGACUCUUCAGUGAAGGGAGAAUCCAGCAAGAAAGCUGAAAAGAGGCCCUCCAAUGAUCCACCUCCAGACCGGGACCCUCUCCUAAUUCCUCCAAGGAACCCCUACACCAGCAGGCAGCCGCGCUGGCCAGAUCCACUGGCUCCAUUUGCUGCUGGGGGGGCAGACCUGGAUCCCCUUAGCGGCCGGCCAGGAGGAAUGCUCAUGGAUCCGCUUCGUUCCGGGUUUCCCCGCUCCGGGUUCGACCCGUCCGCUGGCAUACCCGGCCGCCUGCCCCCGGGAGCCGUUCCACCGGGCGCACGCUUUGACCCGUUCUUGGAACCACGGGGAGAGACCACGCGUAGACGACUCCCUACUGUUGCGUAG